AUACAGUGAAUACCAAUGACACAAGGGAGACCCACUGUCCUUGCGAUUAUAUUCCACAACAUGACAAUGUUGCAGUUAGAUGCAGACCACCAAUAUUACAGUAAAGUUUGAACAAUUUGGUUUUAACGUCUAUUUGUGUAGCCUAACAUGGAAAGAUUUCUGUAGAAUUCAAUGCUAUUUUGGUUCUGGUUGAGAUUAAAAAUUUACGAUUAAAUAAUGAUAAACAUAGUAUUUAUCUUCAUACUAUUAACUAUAACUACUCUAUUUGUCAAAAAUACGACAUCUAUACAGUGUCAGUUUGAAAGACGAUGUCUUUGUUUUAUUAAAGCGGGGUUGCAACACGUUAACUGUUCAUAUAUCAAUGCAACAUCUGUCCCGAGUCUGCCAUCGAAUGUAAAUGUCCUGAACCUUAGGUACAAUCGGAUAAUUUUAUUAUCAAAUGAUAGUUUUCAAAAUCUUUUCCACCUGCUAGAAUUGGAUUUAUCAUGGAAUAAACUGGAGCGAUUGGAACUUGGAUCAUUUACUGGACUUGCAAAUUUACAGAAGCUUACACUAGAACACAACAACUUAUCAUUAAAAUGGAAAUCAUUUCCUUCAGGAGUUUUUACACCUUUGAAGUCAUUAAAGCAUUUGAAUGCAAAGUAUAACGAUAGGAACGGAUUUUUGGCUUGUAAAAAUGUCGUCACAAACCUGAAACAACUGGAAAUUAUUGAAAUAGAUAUUGAUGAGUCACCAGAUUGCCCAAAUAUAGAUUAUGGGUUUUCCAAAUUAACUAAUCUGAAAUCAUUUGGAACAGGCUACUGUGAGUUAGUGAUUUUGUCUCCAGCAACGUUUGAGAACAUGAUAAAUUUACAAUUUAUUGAUAUAUCUUGGUGUGAUAUAAUUGAUGUUUUUGGCCACAGUCUACAAGACCAAAAGCAGUUGAAAGUACUUAAUAUUUCACAUAUUAAUUUCGAAAUAUAUGAUAUAUUUUCAAUUGUAGCAAAUUUCCGAUCUACACCGAUUCAGAAACUGGUCAUGACUCAUACAUUAAGAGAAGCAGUUAGUUUGCCAUGGAAUUUUUUUCAAUAUUUUAAAAAAUCUGGUAUAAAAGAAUUACAAAUGGGAUACAACAGUUUUGUUAAUGUUAUAGGGAAAUAUUCUCUACCACCAACGCUCGAGAUUUUAGAUGUAUCAUACAGCAAUUUGAACAAAUUUCAGUUCGAUAUGCCAAAUUUAAUGCAACUGAAAUUACAAAAUAAUGGUCUUGGUAAAUUUCUUACUUCAAAUAGAUAUUCGAAGAAUAAAACAGAACAUCUUGAAUAUAUAGAUUUAUCAUUUAAUGAAAUUCAACGCCUAAGUUUUUCCAUAUUUCAUGAUCAUCCGAAGCUUAAAGCGAUAAACCUUAGUCACAAUAUAUUAUCGGACAUCUCGUUUGAUAUAUCCACACUACCAACAUUGGAAAUAUUAAACCUUUCAUACAACAAUAUACAAGCGUUCUCCAAAGAAUCGAUGAAAGCCAUCUCAAACAUUGUAAGAAGUUCUGGUCUCAUAGUUGAUCUUUCCAACAAUAACGUACAGUGUAAUUGCAAUACGCUCCCUUUUAUUCAGUGGAUGCUUGAAAAUCAUCGUAUCUUUAUUGGCAUACAAACAUACAGAUGUAAUUGGAUGAAUGAUUCUGAAAUAACGAUAUAUCCAUUUAGACCAACUGUGUUGCAGCUUGAAAAGGAAUGUGCAUCAUAUACUGUUUUAAUUGCCUGUAUAACAUCCGGCAUAUCUUUGGCCUGUGUUGUUCUGAUCGGUGGAUUAGCAUAUCGAUAUCGAUGGAGACUGCGAUACAUAUAUCAUAUGACCAGAAGUAAAUACAAGCGAUAUAGGCCGAUUCUAGACAAUGGUCACUAUACAUUCGAUGCUUUCAUUUCCUAUUCCGACGAAGAAAGGGAUUUCAUAUUUAAAAACAUUAUUCCAAACCUCGAACGAAAGGAGAGUCUUAACUUAUGCAUUCAUCAAAGAGACUUCCUCCCGGGAGAAGACAUUACACAAAAUAUUACUAAUGCAAUACACGAAAGUAGAAAAACUGUUUGCAUAAUUACAAGAUCCUUUCUUGAUUCGUAUUAUUGUAUGUUUGAAUUUAAUAUGGCCAGAAUGGAGAGCAUUUAUUCAAGAGGAGGUCAAAAUAUUUUAUUUCUCGUGUUUCUUGAACAGAUUCGUCCAAGUGAAUUUCCUUUGGUAAUGUUAGAACUAGUUCAAAAACAAUCUUACAUUGAAUAUCCUAACGAUGAACAAGGCGAUGUUGUCUUUUGGGACAAAAUCAAGGAAACUUUAAUAACAUAAUCAGUAACAUAUCAAUAGGAAUAUUCUCUUAUUGGACAUUUAGCAUGUUUAAUGUUAGCCGCGAUUGAUUUGUCCGCCGCUUCAUAGUACAAACAUCAGUAUGGUUAUUUGAUAUUUAGUUUUGUAUUUGUGUACGUAAGUAUAGUUGACUGUUUUCUUACAUGCAUAAACAAUCAAAGAGCGUUGAUGUUUUUCAAGCAAACUUUGGUGUUGACGUUUUUUCCGUUUUUUGUUCGCCAUAUAGACUUUUUGUGCCAGUCCGACUCAACCAAUCAAUCAAUCAAUCAAUCAAUCAAUCAAUCAAUCAACCAAUCAACGAA